AUGACCAGGGAUGUCACCAAAGGCUACUGGCAGGUGCUUUUGGAUCCAAAUGCCAGGUUGAAACCGGCUUUUGUCACGCCUUUGGGGCUGUACAAGUCCCUGGUCCUACCUUUCCAGCUCCAGGAGGUGCUGGUCACCUACCAGCGCCAGGUGGAUCAGUUACUGAGGGGGAUGGAGAAUUUUACCCUAACGUACAUUGAUGAUAUUUGUGCCAUUAGCCAGAUCUGGGAGGACCAUGUGUCCCAGGUGAAGAGGGAGCUGAGUCACCUCCAGGAUGCAGGGCUGACUGUAAAAGCUGGGACAUGCAUGGUGGAGUUGGCAGAGCACCUGGGCAACAAGGUGGGGAGCGGCUGCCUAAAGCCAGAGCUGGCCAAGGUGGGGACUGACCUGCUCCCCAGACUAAGAAACAGGCCCAGGCCUUUAUUAGGAUGGUGGGGCACUACCGGAGGAGCAGUGGAGGUGUCACGCCAGAGCCCGCUUGCAUGUUGGUUUAGUGCUAUGCUUUACUGCUUUGGUGGGUCUGUUCUGUCUUCCUUGAUGCUUGCAGAGCCUCCUGUAGGGUUCCUUGCAAACAGCACUAAUAUCUUCCUGGCAUCUUCAGUCUGGUAUCUUGUAUUUUUUUGUCCACAUGACAUAGUCUAUCGAUGCUUUUCCUUUCUGCCUCUUCGACUGAUGAUUGCAGGGAUGAAAGAAGUGACUAGGACUUGGAAAAUAACAGCUGGAGUUGCACAUGCAAACAGCCACUACAAAAAUGCCUGGCUUAUCAUGGUGGCUGUUGGCUGGGCCAGAGGAGCUGGUGGUGGCUUAAUCUCUAACUUUGAGCAGUUGGUGAGAGGUGUUUGGAAACCUGAAAGCAAUGAACUUCUGAAGAUGUCCUACCCUGUAAAAGUGGCUCUGGUAGGUGCAGUACUCUUCACAUUGCAACAUGCCCAGAACCUACCGAUAGCAAGACACAACCUUAUGUUCUUUUAUACCACCUUUCUAGUGGUCACAAAGGUAACCAUGAUGUUGACACAAUCUGCAGUUUCUCCAUUUGCUCCUUUCGAGUCUGUACUGGGCCGUAUGCUCUUUGGUUGGCAACAAACUCCAUCUAAAGUAAAGGCUGAGGCCAGAGUAUCUUCCAACGGAACCUCUUCAGUCUGUGACCGUUCUGCUGGAGAGGCCAGUGAAAGCAUUAAGAAAAGACAGGCAAAGAAAACAGAAUAAGUGGCCAAAAAAAGAUCUUGUUACAUGUGGCCGUAACACUUUAAAACAUUUCUAUUUCAAAUGAUGGGAAAAAGAAAAUAGUAUGUAAGGAAAUACAUGUGACAGACUGGCAGCAGUGAUGAGUUUUGUGUACUACUGUAAUGUAGUUAGCCUUUAAAGUAUAUUUUGUAAAUUGUAAUUCAAAUGCUGGGAAUGUGUAUCAUGUUAGACGUUUCUAACUUACAUGGUACUAAAAAAGAGAUUUUAUAGUGAUGAUGAUUUUAUUAAGUGAGAGAUUUAUUGUGAUUUUGUUUUUAUAUUUAUGAAAAACUAACUUUUAAAUGUAAAAAACAAACAAACCCUGAAGUUAGUAACAAAAUGAGACAAUCAGAUUUGACUAUUUUUCCUUUUUCUUUAUCAUUUAUUUUUGCUUAUAUUUUCUGUUUUGAUUCUUGUUUUUCAGCUGAAUAAAGUGGAUAGUUAUACACAGUAGCAUAUUCCAAGGUAUGAAAGGCUCUUGUAGUCUUGUUCAAUUGAGCAAUGGAGUUAGAGUAAAAUUUUUACCAAACGUUCACAUUAUGUGAAUAAAAAAUUAACACUGUAAAUAGUUUGCACGGCAAAAACUGGAAAUGUGCCAAAAACAAGGCCUUUGUUCUCUAGAAAAAUAUCUGAAUUACUACUAUAAUUCAUGUUGCACUGAUCUUGAUUCUGCUUAGUCACAAACUAGAGAAUAUUUUUCAUUUUCUACUUUCCAGAAUAAGAGUAAAUUCUCUUGCACUUUUAAAAAAAAAAAGAUUAUAGUUAGCAAAUAGAAAAUUUUCAGUACUAACAUUUAUCCAGCUAACCCACUUUGAUACUGUCAAUUGAAAACUUUUGAUUUAUAUGUUUGCUGUUCUGUAGACAGUAAAUCAGACAGUAACAUAAUAUUACUGUUAUUAAAUUGCUAAUGUUCAUUUGUAUUGAA